ACAGUCCGGGGGCCCUGCUAAAGAGAAAUAGUAAAAUGGGAGAGAAUGAAGCCAGUUUACCUAAUACCUCCGUCCAAGGUAAAAAGAUGGCCUAUCAAAAGGUGAAUGCAGAUCAGAGAGCCCCGGGACAUUCUCAGUACUUAGACAAUGAUGACCUUCAGGCCACUGCCCUCGACCUGGAAUGGGACAUGGAACAGGAGCUGGAAGAGCCUGGUUUUGACCGUUUCCAGCUCGAUGGCUCAGAGAGUCAGAACCUGGGGAAUUCAGAAACUGCUGACCUAGACCUCGAUUCCAUUCAGCCAGCCACGUCCCCCAAAGGAAGGUUCCAGAGACUUCAGGAGGACUCAGACUACAUGAGCCGUUACCCAAGGUCGACACCAAAGAACAUCCACUGUAAUAUUUUCCGCUUCUCCAAAAUCUUUUGCACUCUGACCCUCUUAUUUAUUUUGGGGAUUGUGAUUGGGUAUUAUGCCCAUAGAAAAUGCCCUUCCCAGGAUCCUUCUCCAGGAACAUCAGAUUCUCAGUUGUAUCAGGAGAUUCUCAAGGAGAUCCAAGCAGAAGACAUCCAGAAGCUUUUCAGGCAUUUGAUACAAUUGUCUAAAAGUGAAGAUGACACAGAAUUUUCAGAGAAGCUCAAAGUUCAGUGGACUUCUCAUGGCCUAGAAGAAGUGCAGCUUUUCAAUUACUCUGUCCUGCUUAGCUUGCCAGGCUCAUCUCCAAAUACGGUGACUCUGAAGAACAGCAGCCAGUGCUUUUAUUCUAAUGGCCAGCCAUGUGACCAAGAGCCCAGAAAGGAUCCCAGCCAAGGACUCCUGUACUCAUAUGCUGCCUACUCUGCCAGAGGAACUCUCGAGGCUGAAGUCAUUGAUGUGCAGUACGGGACUGUAGAAGAUGUAAGCCAGAUUCAAGUGAUGAAAAACGUGACCAAUAGGAUUGCCCUGUUAAAACUAGGAAAACUCCCUUUACUCUAUAAGCUUUCGCUGUUGGAAAAAGCUGGGUUUGGAGGUGUUCUUCUUUACAUUGAUCCUUGCGAUUUACCAAAGACUGCCAACCUUAGCCACAGCUCCUUCAUGGUUUCACUGAAUCCUGGAGGAGAUCCUUCUACACCUGGUUAUCCCAGUAUUGAUGGAAGCUCCAGAGAAAGUCGAUCCGACCUCACACGUUUGCUGGUGCAGCCCAUCUCUGCGUCUCUUGUUGCCAAACUGUUUGCUUUGCCCGAAGAGAGGGACCAGCCCAGUGCCUGCAGGCCUCUGAAGCUCCCAGGUGAUGAAAUCAGAAUCGUCACAAUGAAGGUUCAGACAGUCACAGAAUACAAGACACUCACCAAUGUCAUUGGCUAUCUCAAGGGAGCUUCAUUUCCUGACCGGUAUAUCAUUGUGGGCAGCCACCAUCAUGCUCCUUAUGGUUACAGUGGACAAGAGUGGGCCAGCGGGACUGCCAUCAUUACAGCGUUUAUUCAGGCCUUGAUGUUAAAAGUGAAAAGAGGCUGGAGACCCGAUCGGACCAUCAUCUUUUGCUCUUGGGGAGGAACAUCGUUUGGCAAUAUCGGCUCCUACGAAUGGGCAGAGGAUUUCAAGAAAGUGCUUCAGAAAAAUGUGGUAGCUUAUGUCAGCCUUCAUAACCCUGUAAGGGGUAACUCAAGCCUUCAUCCUGUAGCAUCUCCUUCUCUUCAACAACUAGUAGCAGAGAAAAAGAAUUUCAACUGUUCCUGGAGAACAAAGUGCCCUGAAGCCAACCUCAGUUCUGUGCAGAUGCAAGGGGAUAGCGAUUUCUUCAUCAACCACCUCGGAACCCCCAGUUUGCAGGUUGUCUAUGAGGACAUCAAAACAUUAGAGGGUCCGAGCUUUCUCUCUGAGGCUCUUUUUCCUGUCCAGGCUGCAGAAAUUGAAGAAUUGGAUCCUUUCUUCAACCUCCAUGAAACCAUUGCUAAGCUCUCAGGAGAAGUGAUUUUGCAAAUUGCCAGUGAUCCAGUUCUGCCCUUUAAUGCUCUGGAUAUAGCAUUAGAAGUUCAAAACAGCCUUAAAGGUGACCAGCCCCACAUGUUCCAGCUGCUGGAGAUGGCUUCCCGCCUGAGGGACAGUGCAGAAUUGUUCCAGUCAGAUGAGAUGCGCCCUGCUAAUGAUCCCAAGGAGAGAGCCCCAAUCCGUGUCAGGAUGCUGAAUGAUAUUCUCCAAGACCUGGAAAAGAAUUUCUUAGUGCAGCAGGUGCCUCCAGGUUUUUACCGAAACAUUCUUUACAGGCUGGAUGAGAAGACCCACCAGUUUUCCAUACUCCAUGAAGCUUGGCAGCAUGAAAAGUUACACCAGUCGAAUUCAACCCUUCAGGCAGCUCUGUCCAAGGUUCUGAACAGCAUCAAUUCAGCUCAGGUUUACUUCAAAGCAGGACUUGAUGUGUUUGAGAGUGGCUUGUUGGGAAAGAACUGAGAAAAUUCUCAACAUUUAAAAAAAAAAAGUUUGUUUACAACUCAACAAGCAAGAGCUCUAGCCUGACCAGGAUUUCUGUGAGGUUGAAGGCUUUUUUCAAUAGGUUUUCAACUGUUGUCUAAAAGUACUAUUAUGUGUUUAAAAUGUACAUGAAAAAGAGCCUUUUGCACAUUUAAUAUUUUUCAUAUGUCUACAUUUUGAAAUGUGUAAGAGCAACCUAUAGGAUUAACACUUAAGAUUUAUCUUUUAGAAAAAAAUCUGCUGUAUUUUUCUAUAUGUAUUGAAAAAAUACUAAGUUUUGGGGACCAAAGCCCAAAAAGUUCUGGACAAUCUUUGCUCCUGUGGAUGAAAAACAUAGGAAUGUUAUUUA